UGGAUCAAAGGGUGAAGAAGAUUGUUUAAAAACAUUUUUUUUUUUAUAAUAAAUUGCUCUGAAAGCUUUGCGUAUUAAUUAGCUUUAAUAUGAAUCUCUCCACAUCUCGAAUUGCAUUGGGUAUCCCUUUGACAAACGUUAUCUCCUCCAUUUCUCGUGGACAUUUUUGUUGCUGACCACUCGAUGCUGACCGCUUUUGCCCGCGGGCAAUGAGCUCAACCGCUGUGAAAUUUAAUAACCGUAAUCAAUCAACAAAAGCUUUAUCACUGACUCCACAAACAAUACAGUGCCAGCGAGUGCAAGAGUUCUGAGAUGCAUGCCAGUCCUGCGGUAAUUAACCGUGUCCAUCAACUGACAUAAUAACCCGACAAAGUUCCAGAGGUGUUAUGUUUCUCUUUCAAUUCCCCAACAAAGGAAAAGACUAGCGAUUGGUUCGGAAUAAACCCAUUUGUCGCGCAAGGCGGUCAACUGCACGAUUUGAUUGACAGCUUCAUUCUUCAGCAAAGUAAACCGGUCAUGCCGAUAUGUCUAUCCUUUGAUCGCUAGAGUCGUGUUUCGUCCACCUCCAAAAUACAACUUCGCAAGUUCGCAGUCCAUAUUUUACUGCGCAAAUUUGACAGCGAACAAUGACUUGCUUGUACAGAUUAUUGAUAGUAAGUUUUGCGCUUUCUUCUUUGCCUUGGGGCAGCAAAGUAACAGAGGCGUCGAAAGUCGUCAAGAAUGGAACAACGCAGAAGCAACUUGAAAGUGACAUUGUGAAUCGCCUUUCAUUCGGACGAGGAAACUCUCGGCUACUUCAAACCUCGCAAAAGAAAUGGGAUUCCAACGCUGAAUCCUCAUCGGUCCUCAAAAACGGAACCACCUCUGCGAAGCUUCGACGUGAAAUUCUCAACCUUUUGGGCUUGCCUCACAAGCCGCGAAUAAGUCUCAACACUCGGCUUCACGGUCGAAAGAUGUCUGCACCAAGGUACAUGAUCGAUUUGUACAACAGUUUGGAAAAUAACGCUAGUGUGUCGAGCAUAGAAGGUGAAUACUGCUGCAACGACACUGUAGCAGAUUCAAGAGCGUCGGGCGCAGACACCAUUAUGAGUUAUCUCCAUCACGUAAGAGGUGCGCGGCCAAAGAUUUCCAAGCGUCACGCUACAUUUCGGUUCAAGAUGGAAACUCCGCCAGGCGAAAAUAUCACAGCAGCCGAGUUCCGAAUUUAUAAAGAGCAGGUUUACAGUGGGCAGGCUACAGGACAGGAAAACAGGACCUACCUCAUUAAACUGUAUCAGGUUAUCGAGCCUGCAAAACCGCUCGUGCUACUGGAUACAAAGGUGCUUCGAAGCUGGGAAUCGGGUUGGCAGCCAUUUGAUAUCACCCGUGCUGGCCGAGCUUGGGCUGAAGACCCGCAACAAAACUAUGGAAUAGAAAUGUCGAUACAUACGCUUGCAGGAGUCGAAUUAAACUCAACCGCCGCCGGCUUUGUGGGUUUUCACGGUCCGCAGGAGAAGCGCCCGUUUUUAGUCUCGUUCUACCGCGGCCACGAACAAGGCGUGUCGUAUCAACGGUUUCACCCGCUGAAACCGCGUCGACGUCGCUCGUCGCGUUCCCUCGGACCGAAGUUCACCAACGUUGGCGGAAACUUCAAGAGCUCCAGCAAAAAGGGCUGCAGUCGUCGAAUGUUGUACGUCAGCUUCCAGCGGCUUGGGUGGCAGGACUGGAUCAUUGCGCCGGAGGGAUACUCGGCUUUCUUCUGUUUCGGAGAAUGUUCGUUUCCCCUCAGCGCGCAAAUGAACGCUACCAACCACGCCAUCGUGCAGACUCUGGUGCACCUCAUGAACCCGACAGUGGUACCCCAGCCGUGCUGCUCUCCCACCAAGCUCUCGGCCAUCUCGGUUCUCUACUUCGACGACAGCAACAACGUAGUCCUCAAAAAGUACACGAACAUGGUGGUGAAAGCGUGCGGUUGCCAUUAGUAACCCGACAGGCGAAUUGCUUCUCUCCAUACCACGUGUGUACCAUCUUAUUUGUCACUUGUUUAUAUGUUUUGAUGGAGGAAGCUUCGAUUGAUAGGAAAAAUAUAUCCAGAACAACAUUGGGAAGCGACGACUUAUGUCAACUUCUUGACUGAAUGUUGACCUCGCAUAGCCGAUUACAACACUCUAGCGGAAAGAUAUUUGGUAAAGGGAUAAUUUUAUGUGUUGGCGCAUAUGCAAUCUACGGUGGGAGCCCAUUCGAUUAUGUAUGCGAGUUAGCUAACUCCUCGCGAGUGACCAGAAUUAAUCUUUCAGACAAGAGGAGAAAUUCGAUGCUCAGUACCAGAUUUGAAAUUUUCCGUGUAAACUCGUUAACAUCUAACGUAAAGUUUGGACAUCAGCCAUUCUGCUACCCUCCUACCCAGAGCUACCCUUCUGCGCAGACUUCUUUAUGGUUCGUCACGCAAUGGGGCGUUAAGAUUGCGUGACGAGCCAUAAGAACGUCUGCGUAGAAAGGUAACGCAGACAUUGUUUUGGUCGUCACGCACACAAAAUGCUAAAAGAAUGUCUGCGUAGAAGGGCACCACUGUGCUUUGCACGAAUUAUGGUCGGUGAUUGCUGAAUUGCACACGGUUGAUAAGAAGGCGAGAAAAGCGUGUAGAGUCGGAAAAAAAUUGGAAAUCCCCUCUUCCAACCGUUUUCACGACCGACUCCCGCAAGAGUUGUUAAUUCGCUCCCGAUUGUUCCUUACAUUGGAAUCGAACGGGCUAACUGUGUUUGCACAUGCGCCGCACCGUGAAUCCAACUCCUUAUUGCUAUUUCGAUGACUGUUAAACAGAGUAUUAGAACAGACAUCUCGAGGUCACACCUGGUUUUUACUUGCUAGCCAAACAUAAGGACAAACACUAGAGUCUAUUCAAACGCUGAUAGUAAAAAUCAGAUCCGUGAUGAAUGAUAUAUACAUAAAAUAACGUGAGAACUUUGUCCAAGCCCAUUGUACAUAGAACCCCCCAAGUAUCCUUGUCAUUUCUUUUGUGAUUGUUUGGUUAGGUAGCCGGUCGUUUUGCCCGAUAGCCAGUUCGCCUGAUUUCACUGUCCCGGGGGGAGCUCCCAUGUGAAAAGGACGGGGGUGCUUGUCGGAAAUUUUGAAAGGAACCCCAAAGAGGUACUAAUAUCCUGUUUUAUGGGGAUGGUUUGAAAUUUUUUUACCCUUAAGAGGUACCAAUUCUAAAUCAACACAUUAACUGACGCUGAAUUUUUUCGGCUCAAUACUCUAAAAAGGUACCGCGAAGGCUCCUGUUGUGAGAUCAUUUUGAGGCUGAGAACCCCAAGAGAUACCAAAUCCACUUUGUAAACCCCUAAAAAGGUACGUCGAACACCCUGUCCUUUUCCUAUGGACGUUCCCCCGGGGUUACUGUAAUUCGCCCGGACUAAUUUCUUUCGCUCGAACUGAAAGUUAACAGAAGGAUGUGUUUUCUUUAAACUAAACGAGCUAAACAGACAACACUGGAGGUAUAAUGAAACAAAAGUACACAGAACAUGUUUAUUUCUCGUUCUCUAAACCAUUGACCACGGAGCGUACGGUGCGGGCGAACCGACUAUUAGUCCCGCGGGCGAAAUAGAUUCGGGCAAACCGACUUUUAGACGAAACGACCGCAAUUCUUUGGUUAAACAAGGUUUGUAAACAGGGGAUGAACAAGAGUUUAAGAAUAAGUAAAGGAUAUUCAUACUUAAAUGACACACGGAAAAUGAACUCUAUAAUCAAACGCUAUUUUACAGACGAUCGGCCUAACAUUUCUCCUUACUGUUUCCAUACAUUUUCUCCAUUUCCCUUAGGAGAAUUCGGCUUUUAUCAGAUCCUUCAUUCUAAUGACCAACCGAACUGAAUUUGUUAUAAAAACGGUAAAGAGAAAAAAUACUGAAAUAUUGAAAUA